AUGGGAGGUUUCUUGCUGCAGCAGCAGCUGCAGCACCAUCAACCACAGCAAAAGCAGCCGCAGCAGCAGCAGCAGCAGCAGCAGCAGCAGCCGCAGCGGCAGCAGCAGCAGCAGCAGCAGCAGCGACGUUUUGCGUUGCAGCAGCAGCUCUGCCUGCACACACCUUCCAGGCUGUUUCUGAAUAUACCCUUGCUGCUCCAGCUGCUUUUUGUGCUGCUGCUGUUGCUGCUGCUGCUCGCUGCAGCAGCAAACUCUGAGAGUCCCCACCCCAUUAGCAGACCUUUUUUGCUGCAUGCGCUUGAAGGCCUCUCGGCCACUUUGGCCUCUGACCCACACUACGAAGCACUGCCUGUCUCCAACAGCCAGCGGCGGUGGCUGCUGUUCGUGGGGGGCCCUCUUCACUGUCCCGUCGGGCGGCAUCUCCCUGCUCCUCCGUUGCUUCCUGAAGACACAUACGAAGCAAACGCAGAGGACACUGAGACCCGCGCCAGCAGCCAGUUGUGCGAUAUUGCGGGCCUCUUUGGAGUGGGAGGCGGCAGGUACGACCCCUUCUGCCGACCCAAGAACAGCAGCAGCAGCAGCGACAGCAGCAGCAGCAGCAGCGACAGCAGCAGCACCAGAGAGGUGCUGCAGCACGACACUCCCGCUGCAGAAGGAGACCGUCUCUUCUUCUGCUCCAACCAACUCAGCGGCCUUCCUUGCUGCGCUCGCUGCGGCAAUUCCGACUACAACCCGUGCCCAGAGGAGGCGUGUGGAAGUUCGGGUGUGGACUAUCCUGGGGGCGAGGAGGUGGGGUUUGUUGCUGAAGGUGUUGCUUCUGCUGCUGCCUGCCGCCGUUUGUGUCUUGCUGCUGCUGCUGCUGGCUGUACGCAUUAUUUCUUUUACUCUUCUAACCUCCUUGCAGAUACAAUUAGAGGGAGCUGCAGCUUGCGCAGGUAUCCCCAGCUGACGCAGCAGCAGCUGCAGCAGCAGCUGCAGCAGAUUCAGCAGCAAAGGCAGCAAGAAAGAGAGAAGCAGCGCGAAAAAAAGAGACAAGAACGGGAAGCAAGAAGACAAAAAAGAAGGCAGCAAAAGCAGCAGCAGCAGCAGCAAAAACAGAACAUGCAGCAGAAACAGCAGCCGAUCAAGCAGCAACAGAAACAACAGCAACAGAAACAGCAGCAGCAAAAGCAGCAGCAAGACCAGCAGCAAGACCAGCAGCAAAAGCAGCAACAAAAGCAGCAGCAACAGCAGCAGCAAAAGCAAAGCGAAAUUGCGGAGCAGCAGCAGGAACGCCCCGCGCAGCAGAAACAGCAGCAAGAAUCGCAGCAGCGGCACCAGCAACCGCAGCAGCUGAAGCAGCAUCCGCCAAAGCUGCAGCAGCAACCCCAGCAGCAACCGCAGCAGCUGAAGCAGCAGCCGCCAAAGC